UUGGUCGGGGGGAAGGUUCUAGAAAAGCGGCGGCAGCGGCUCUAGCGGCAGUAGCAGCAGCGCCGGGUCCCGGGUGGAGGUGCUCCUAGGGGUGUUGUUUCUCGACCAGUGGCAGUUCUCACUACAGCGCCAGGACGAGUCCGGUUCGUGUUCGUCCGCGGAGAUCUCUCUCAUCUCGCUCGGCUGCGGGAAAUCGGGCUGAAGCGACUGAGUCCGCGAUGGAGAAAACUUUAGAAACUGUUCCUUUGGAGAGGAAAAAGAGAGAAAAGGAACAGUUCCGUAAACUCUUUAUUGGUGGCUUAAGCUUUGAAACCACAGAAGAAAGUUUGAGGAACUACUAUGAGCAAUGGGGAAAACUUACAGACUGUGUGGUAAUGAGGGAUCCUGCAAGCAAAAGAUCAAGAGGAUUUGGUUUUGUAACCUUUUCAUCCAUGGCUGAGGUUGAUGCUGCCAUGGCUGCAAGACCUCAUUCAAUUGAUGGGAGAGUGGUUGAGCCAAAACGUGCUGUGGCAAGAGAGGAGUCUGGAAAACCAGGGGCUCACGUAACUGUGAAGAAGCUGUUUGUUGGUGGAAUUAAGGAAGAUACUGAGGAGCAUCACCUUAGGGAUUACUUUGAGGAGUAUGGAAACAUUGAUACCAUUGAGAUAAUUACUGAUAGGCAGUCUGGAAAGAAAAGAGGCUUUGGCUUUGUUACUUUUGAUGACCAUGAUCCUGUGGAUAAAAUUGUGUUGCAGAAAUACCAUACCAUCAAUGGUCAUAAUGCAGAAGUAAGAAAGGCUUUGUCCAGACAAGAAAUGCAGGAAGUUCAAAGUUCUAGGAGUGGAAGAGGAGGCAACUUUGGUUUUGGAGAUUCUCGUGGUGGUGGUGGAAAUUUUGGACCAGGACCAGGAAGUAACUUUAGAGGAGGAUCUGAUGGAUAUGGAAGUGGACGUGGAUUUGGGGAUGGCUAUAAUGGGUAUGGAGGAGGACCUGGAGGUCAGUUUCUUUAUUUUGAUUUCUGUGACUUAACUGCAUUGUAUAUGUUUGUUUAUCCAUCAGCUUUUAAAGUUUUCUGUAUUUUACCGUUUAUAAUGGGCUUAGGUGAUAGUGGUUCAGUUAUUUGGCUUUUCCUUUAUAAUUUAUUUGUGUCUUAGCUAUUUUAUAGCUUAAGGAAUAUAGUGCAAAAUCGUGGAUGGAUUUUAAGUGAGAAUUUAAAGGGCCAUCAUGCUAUCCCAUUGUUUCUCAAGCAAAGAAAUUGGACUGAAACGUGAUUUUUAUGUACUGGAAAGGUAUAGAAUAUGGGAAUUGACUGAGAUCAACACAUGAAGGGAAGGAUAUGUAAGAGCAAUUCUUGUCUUAGCCCUUAAAUAGAUAAUCGGUUUCCCAGGAGAACAUCUAAAAAGUAAUCUCAGGAACUUUCAAAAUAUAUAUGUAAGUGUGCUCUUGGCUACAGAUGUGGUUAUGAGCCACUGUUACACAUCAAGUGACAACUUUAAAUGAAUCAGUUUCAUUGGAGUACAGAAAAGGGGUUGAUAACUUCCUGACUGGCUUCCUAAUAAGAAAAA